ACUUUGGGCUGCCAUCCAGUUUCCACAGCAAUGAUCUUCACAGCAGAGCAGGUGGCUUGUGUCUGCGAGGUCCUACUGCAGAGCGGCUGCAUGGAUCAUCUUGCUGGCUUUCUCCGGACUCUACCUGCUCCUUCCUUCUCCUCCUCCCCAUGCCCUGGGGAGCUGGAGAGUGUGCUGAAGGCUAAAGCCGCAGUGGCCUUUCACCAGGGGCACUUCUUCGACCUCUACACCCUGCUGGAGGGCUUCCCCUUCUCCCCACGCAGCCACCCGCUGCUACAGCAGCUUUGGCUCCAAGCCCACUACAUAGAGGCUGAGAGGCAGAGGGGCCAACCCCUGGGAGCUGUGGGGAAGUAUCGUGUGAGACGAAGGUUUCCUCUACCACACACCAUCUGGGACGGAGAGGAGACUAACUACUGCUUCAAGGAAAAAUCACGGAUUAUCCUCCGGGAGUGGUACCGUCACAGUCAGUAUCCCUCCACCCGGGAGAAGCGGGAGCUCUCAGCGGCCACCGGCCUGACAACCACACAGGUCAGCAACUGGUUCAAGAACCGCAGGCAGAGGGACCGAACCACCGACGUUACCGGCUCUACCUUCAGUUUCCAAACAGCUGGUUCUGGAGGACCCUCAGGAGAAGUCUACCUCUCCUCUGACAAUGACCCGUCACCUCCAGGCAGCCCACAUCCCCAACACUACAGACCUCCUCCACCCCUCUGUCACCCACCACCUCCUCUACAUCAUAUGUGUGAAGGCCUCAUCUAA